UGUACGAGUGUGUGGGUGUGGAUGUGGGUGGCUUUGGACUGCUUUGCUGCUUCUUGAACAUGUGUCUGUGUCAGUCAGUGUGUGUUUUGUGUGUUUGACAGUUUUCUUUGGGUUGAUUUUAGAUUUUUAGAGAGAAUUUGCUGUAGAUGACUUUGAGGCUAUAGCCUUGAUUUUUAACGAUAAGGAAAGUGUUCUGGGCUUUUUCCGAUUCGUUAUUCGCCUCUAGCUUCUGUAGGCUGCUGUUGAUUCCAGGAUUCCGGUUUCCCACCUGUUCUUCUUCAUUACAGCUCUCUUAGCUUCUCAUCCUCAGUCUAAAUCCUCUUUCUUGUUCUCUCUCCAGUCUCUCUCCACCUGUCUUUCUCUCUCUCUCUCUCUCUCUCUCUCUCUCUCUCUCUCUCUCUCUCUCUCUCUCUCUCUUUCUGAUUCUCUCUCUCUCUUUCUCUCUCUCUCUCUCUCUCUCGUAUACAUUCAUAUGUGCUUGCUUUGCUCUCUUCGCACUCUCUCACUCUCACACACUCUAACUCUCUCACACUAUCUCUAUGUCUAUGUGUGUCAUAUCCAUCGUAGCGCUCCGGAGUGAGCGGUGUGAAUGUGCCGGCUGCUCGAUUAGAGAUUAAAAAAGCAGAGCCAAAGCCCCCCUCCUUCCCCAUCCCAUCCCGGGACACCCGGGGCCGGACUGGAACUUUUCUCCUUAAGGGCUGUCCCUGUGAGUGUGAGUGUGUGUGUGUGUGUGUGUGUGUGUGUGUUUGAGAGAGUGUGUGAGGUGAGUGCCUGAGAGUAGUGUGCAUGCGCUCUCUCUUUCGUGAUCCAAUCCCAGACCAAUCAUUUGACUGCGAUUCUUUGCGUGUGCGAGUGUGUAUGUGCGUUUGUGUGCGUGAGUGUGUUUGAAUGAGUGUGAAUGUGUGUGUGUGAGGAACGAGCUGGAAGAAGAGGGGUCGUAGGCAGCGCACCCCUCCAUUAGUGCCGCAAUAUAUUUCCCCCAAACAAUUUAGCGCGUUCAGGGAGGUUACGCAAAUCCUGAAAAGUGCGGUGCGAAAUUACCGUAAUCAAUUCGAAACGAGCGAACGAUGCGUCCGUCCGAAGCCCUGAUUGUUCAGAGAACAUCCCUAUCAGCCUAACAAGGAGAGGGGGGGACGCCAAAUUGUGCUUUUUUUUUUUCUUUUCCCUUUUUUCCGAGAAAGAAAAAAGUCCGGACGAUCGCUGGGCAAAGAAGAAGAAGAAGCAGCUAACGUUGGACACUGAUAAUAGAGCGCUGGAAAGAUGAGGCAUUAGCUCCCUGGCUCAAGCGUCCCAAUAGCUGCUGUUGUUCCACAGGCGGCGGGACAAAAAAACUGGCAUUAUCGGGAGCGCCGGACUAACAGGAUACUCUCCUGUCAUAGCAAUUUCUUUUUUCUUUUUUCUUUUUUUUGUUUCUGUUGUUUUUUUUUUUUGGCCUAACAAAGAAGGAGGAGGAAGCGGAGGAGGAGGAGAAGAAGAAGAAGAAAAAGAAAGAGUUGUUUCUGUUUCUGUGAGCGGGACCAGGCUAGCAAUGGAUGUCCGGUACAGCCAGGAGCCAGAGCCCGGGAUGGUGCUGAAGAACGGACUGAAGGACGCAGGAAAGGAGGGCAAGGAACCUCACCAGGGCAACCUUUCCAAAACGCUGCUGAAGGAACCGCAGGAGUCCUACGGCCCGUCUGGAGCUGUGGAGAACCAUGAGAAAAGCAGGACGAGCUCGGGGGAUCCAGACUACUGUCGGAGGAUACUGGUCAGAGAUGCCAAAGGCUCUAUUCGGGAGAUCAUCCUGCCCAAGGGUUUGGAUCUGGAUCGACCCAAGCGGACCCGGACGUCCUUCACCGCGGAGCAGCUCUACAGGCUGGAGAUGGAGUUCCAGCGCUGUCAGUACGUUGUGGGUCGGGAGAGGACGGAGCUUGCACGCCAACUCAACCUGUCUGAGACUCAGGUAAAGGUGUGGUUCCAGAACCGUCGUACGAAGCAGAAGAAGGAUCAGGGGAAGGACUCAGAACUGCGGUCCGUGGUGUCGGAGACUGCGGCGACGUGCAGCGUGCUCCGGCUGCUGGAGCAGGGCCGUCUCCUCACCCCACCUGGCCUACCUGGCCUGCUGCCCCACUGCGGCUCAGCCCUCCGUGCCCCCGCCCUCGGCCUCACGGCCAACGGGGUGUCCCCCGGCGGGACCGGCGGCGGUGGCGGAACCGGCAGCACAUCCGGAUCGGGCUCGGCGGCCGGGAGUCCCCCGUUGCCGAAUGCUACUGGUGCAGGGACGGCAGUGUCCGGGCUGCAGGGCUCGCCCCCGGCGCCCCACGGCCUGUUUAGCUUCCCCGUGCCGUCGUUGCUGGGCUCGGUGGCGUCUGUGGCCUCCAGGAUCUCCUCCUCCGGGCCGCUGGCCAUGGCGGGCUCUCUGGCCGGGAACCUGCAGGAACUGUCGGCGCGGUACCUCAGCUCGUCCGCUUUCGAGCCCUACUCGCGGACCAAUGGCAAAGAAGUGCUGGACAAGAAAGUUCUGGAAUGAUCUCAAUUAAUUUCUUCAUAGUUCUUCUCGAAUUUUGAAAAUUUUGAAAAUUUUCCUGUUUUCAAGAUGUUUCCACGUUUGUUUUCGGCACGUGAACUUGAACUGCCCUGUUGUUUAUUUUUGUUUGUUUUAUUUAAGAAACAGAAAAUCUCGUCGUCUGCGUGUCGUCCGUGCCGUGGUUGUCAGUCGGUCAGUCUCGCGCUUUUUUACGUUUAUGUUUUGGGGUUUUUUUUGCUGUGUUUUCUUUAAAAAUCCUCACGUUGUCUGAAUGUUUCUCAGAAUUGCGAGAGCAGAAAGCGAACUCGCGCUUCUCUUUCAAAGAAACAGAAGCUUCUUGCACUAAUUCAGAGGUUUAGCGCCCGAGUUGGAAAGGAAGAACAUCGAGCAAGUGGAAAUGACAAUGAUUUCGGGGACUACUUUGCCCAUUUUACCCGUUUUUGCCAUACAGGCCUAUAGAACGGUGAUCCUCUCUGUGCUAGAAUGCCAAACAUGAUCUUAAUCAUGAUCUUAAUCUUUAAAAAAUUAGAUUUAAACAUAGUGGUUGGUUCAUAUCACCACACAACAAUAACCAUACACUCUCUUUCUCACUCCAUUCGAGCUGCUGCUACACAUUCUACAACUUCUUACUUACAACUGCAGAACAGCACAGAUAAACUGCAUUAUAUACAGUACAGUGCUGUGUAGUCAUUAAAAAAAGCAUACUAGAAAUAUAUGUAUACAAAAUUAUACAUAAAAUAUAUACAUAUAAUUACAAGUUAAACAAUAAAACAUAUAUAUGCCACUGUGCAAAAAGUAAAAACGCUGUAGGUAGUCACAAAAACAGCUCUCAAGUAAAUUUAAAUAAAUAAACAAAGUCUGUGGGCAGUGAGUGAGUGUGUGUAUCUGUAAAACUUCUUUUUUAACAUUAGGAUAAUAAACCCAAAUGAAGUCAGUGGUCAGAAGUUAGAAGAACACCAGCAGUUCACCUGAUUUACUUGAAUGAAGGCCUGAUUAGAUAAACUAGGUGUUGUUGGAUGGCUACUGGGAAAAUGGUUAAACUAACACACUCAGUAAUAAUCAAUUACUGUGGAUGUUUGUAUUUAUUUUAUUAUUUGUGUCCUAAAUACCUCUUUAGUCAUCAGAUAAACAUAUUUACAGUUUGUACAUUGAUAAGACCUUUAACAGCACUCAAAACCUACAAAUAGCACAGCCUUCUGUUGGUAAUACUCUGGUAAUAAUCAUUUUUGUUGUAAUCGUUUAGUUUACACAUUUACAGUCCUAAAUCUUGGAUUUGCAUUACCACAUCUAGAAAAAAAAACAUUUUGGAAAAAUCAUAGAAAUUUGCUCUGAAAUUUUUAGCGUUUCUGUUUAUUGACUGAGAAAAGCUGUUGUGGUCUUAAAAAAAUAAUUUUAUGUUUGGGAUGGGUCCUACUGAGACUGGAGUUUCAGCCUCAACUAUAACUGUAAAGAGAAAUGCUGAUUUAAUUCUAACUGACUUCAUUCAGACAGAUAUAAGGCAGAGACACAAAAACUCAAACUGCAGAAUAUCUGUACUGAUGUUUUAAAGAUCAUGUGGUCAUAAAUAUUUCCCGCGAAGUCGUGAAAUAUCAUGUAAAUGUGUUGGUUAAAAGUGUAUGAACCCUGGUAUCAAGGGCAUUGUUUACAUUAGCAGGUUGUAGGUUCGCAAUAUAAAGCUACACAAGAAUUUUAUUUGUUUCUUUGUCUGGAAUCAUGUUCUGUCCCCGUUCACUGUUAUUACUGGCUGGUUUGUUGAGGGUUUUCCGGUUUAGUUUUCUGCUCCUGCGCGAGAGUUCUCGGAGGCUGUCUCGAUCUGUGUGUUAAUGUCUUUGAAUAUGCAGUCUUUGCUCUUUGCGUGUUUUUGCGAUGGUACUGGAGAUGUAGUCCUGAGUUUCCAUGUUUUAUUCGGUGCGUUUAAUUUUUAAUUUUUUAUAUUUUGUUUUUGUUUUGUUUCUCAAAGCGAGGGUUAACCCCCCCUCACGGCGCCCCGAGUUGGAGAGAGAGAAGGAGGGAGAGAGAGAGGGAGGGAGAGAGAGAGAGAGAGAGAGAGAGAGAGACAAUUCUUAGGGAGGGAGUUGGGGGGGGGGGUUCUGUUGCAUCCUGGAGAUUGAAUAUUGAAGAUUGGCCUGGAUCCUUUGGACGAACCGUUUUGCCAUAGGCAAGGAAAACUAAAGAAAAGGCUUCUUCAAUAAACCAACAAAAAAAAAAACACACGAUUGAGACCAAUAUUGAACUUUUUUUUCCCAAUUAAUUUCUUUUCCUACCUUUCUACAAAAACAAAACAAAAAAAUGGAGAAAUGGACAUUCUUUACCCAUGGCGAAGACGGAGUGAUAGAAGCGAGCCUCGACCCGUCGCGCCGGGGGUGAAGCUAUUGUAGUAUAAAAGGAAAGAAAAAAGAUUGAGAAAUUGAGAACUGUAACUAAAAAAUGUUAUUUUAUUGUAAAUUAUUUCACGUCUGUAAUAAAUAGAUCAUUAGUCUAUUUGCAAAUAAUGCAAAGGGUGAAUGUAGGGGAGGAAACUUCCCUCUGCUGUUGUUCUUGAAUCAUGUUGACCAUUGACCUUGUGACCUGUGGUACGAAUGUGGAUAUAUAUUAUAUAUGACUGCAAAAAAAAA